AUGGCGAAACUCCAGUCUAACUGGUUACCGCCAACAUGGCGCCCCGCUAAAAACAUCAAAAUGAAACCUUAUGAAUCUUCUCAAAAGCUUAAUUCUUCUGCACAUUCGACCAUGUCGCCGUCCCAGGAUCUUCUCUCUCUCAUCCGACACCGCGUCAAAUUUCAGCCUGCAGCGCUUGCUGUCCAGGAUGACUCUUUUACACUUACAUACUCGGAGUUGGAACGAUGGUCAAACAAUCUUGCUCAGGAGAUUCGCUCUCGCAAUACCAGAGGAUCUGGUACAGUUGCAGUUUGUGUGCCUCGUUCAACUAUUUUUGUCGUCGCCGUUCUUGCCAUCGUCAAAGCAGGUUUCUCAUACUUACCUCUUGAUCCUACCGCUCCACCAGCAAGACUCGACGACCAAAUCAUGCAAGCUGAUGCCCGUCUCCUACUCACUGUGUCAUGGCUUCAGCUCCCUUCACUUGAGCAGGCAAUUCCAUUUGAUAUAGUUCCUUUCAUUGAUCGCACUUGCGUGCUUAGCUAUGCCGAGCUCCCAUCGUCCGGCCUCAUUACUCGAAAUGAUACUCUUGUUAUAUUCUUUACUUCUGGAAGUACGGGGCGCCCAAAGGGUGUCAUGGUUCAGCAUGAUGGUAUGCUAAAUAUGAUCAACAGCCACUUUAUGGAGAUCCAGCCAGGAGAUCGUGUGUCGAUGGUCAAUAAUCCUGCAUUUGAUGCUUCAUCGAUUGACAUCUGGAACACUCUAUGUCACGGUGGCACACUUCUUGUCCUAACAGCUCAUCUUGCAGACACAGAAGCCGUCAUCGCUUUCUUUCGAGAGAAAGAAGUCACUAAAGCGUUCUUACCAACUGCAGUUUUCCAUCAUAUCGUCAGCAACGUUUCCAAUGUGGCCUCUAUGAGCACCACACUUCGCAUGGUAGCUGUUGGUGGUGAGAAGUUGGCGACGCCUAGCGUCCAGAAUUUCUUCCGUCGUGCCCCCACAACUAGACUACUCAAUGCCUAUGGACCAUCUGAAGCCUCUGUCUUCACGACUACUUUCGAGAUACCUUCGCUGAACUUUUCUACCGAAUAUGAUGAUGCGACCUCUAGGCCCAUACCAAUUGGUCGCUGUAUCCCCAAUAGUGCUGUUUAUCUCCUAGACGACAAUCUGUUCCCCGUAGAUGUUGGUCUUCCUGGUGAGAUAUGUAUUGGUGGCGCUGGUCUUGCUGCAGGUUACCUUGGGCAAGCUGAUCUGACAGCAAAUAAAUUUGUUAUGGUUAAUGAUCUUGAAGGACGUGGCUCUUCGACCCGAAUCUACCGGACUGGUGAUAUUGGCAGAUUCGUACCUUGUGCAGAUGGACCUGUGCUGGAAUUUGUGGGUCGAAGUGAUACACAAACGAAGAUCCGCGGGCAACGGAUCGAACUGGGCGAGAUCGAAGCCGUUUUGUGCUCUGGAUCCGAUGAAAUUGAUCAAGCUGCAGUUGUCUUUAGCGAUGAACAGGACCUUAUAGCUUACGUUGUCCCAACGGAUAAUCGCAUUUUUGAAGGGCAACAUGAUCACGCGGAGCAGUCUGAUGACAGCUCGAAGCUUCGCGAUGCUGUGUAUGCCCAAGGGUUUGAGGACAUAGACCCAGCAGUUGCUGGAAUUGAUUUCACAGGUUGGGUAAGCAUGUAUGACGGGAUGCCGAUACCUCUGCCAGAAAUGCAAGAUUGGCUCUCGGACACCCUGCAGAGUAUACCAGUGAAGCCGAGCGACUCAGUAUUAGAGAUCGGAUGUGGAACGGGUAUGAUAUUAUUCGCGCUUGAGCCACGUUGCCAGGAAUACAGCGCUGUAGAUAUGCUGGGCUCGGUCCUUGCAUUCAUACAGGCGCGGCUCACAGAACGCGGAUUGCAAGAUAAGGUUGCGCUUUACGAAGGCAUGGCUCAUGAGCUUGAUCAAAUGCUUCCCAGCGAGAAGCGAUUCGAUCUUAUCGUCCUAAACAGUGUCGUGCAACACUUCUCUUCGUCAGAAUAUCUGGAAAAUCUGAUCAGGCUCUGCGUUGAUAGGCUCCAGGAUGGUGGUCGUAUUUUCCUUGGUGAUAUUCGUAAUCACGGUGUGGACAAACAUCACGACUUGGCUCGCGUUUUGCACUGUGAUCCAUCUCCCGAUUUGUCGACCUUGGAAAUUCAAGAAAGGCUUGAACGUUGGCAGCAUCGACAGAUGGAACUCAAGCUCGAUCCGUCAUUCUUUUUCUCCCUUCAGCACAAGCUUGGCAAUCGUGUCUCGCACGUUGAGGUUGUACCAAAGAUGAUGUCUGCUCGCAACGAGCUUAGUCAGUUCCGCUAUCAAGUCAUUCUUUCCAUCGGUAAAUCAGCUCCUGACUUAGUAAAACCUGGCCAAUGGGUAGACUACACAACUGCUUCAGACUUGGAGAAAUUACUAUCCUGUAGUAAAGACAUCACGGCAGUUCGUGGCAUUCCCAGCUCUCUUGUGGCUAUUGAACAAGGCAUACUGCACUUGAUGUCCUCUUCUCAGCCCCCAGCCAGUGCUUCGGAGUUGGUUACUGCUGCAUCCACUUUGGACUGGUGUACCCGUGCUUUAUCGCCAGCGGACGUUGUUGCACUGUGUGCCCGUCAAGGAUACCAGGUCGAUAUGAGUCUAAAGUCUUUGGGAGUUGAUCAGACUAUGGCAGCCAUCUUUUUACCUGGUUCGUCGAUGUUCAAGGGCGAUUUCAGUUCUAUUCCAACCGCUGUGCAACUUGCGAACACUCCAUUGCAUUUUUCUACCGCCUCUGAUCUGAUCGCCAAGUUGCAAGAUCAUUGCCUCCAGAACCUUCCUUCCUACAUGAUGCCUCAUCGCAUCAUCAUCACGCAGUGUUUACCUCUCACAGGGAAUGGCAAGAUAGAUAGGAGGAUGCUUGCUCAAUCUAGUGCCUGGGCCGAGCGUUCUAAGGUUCCGUCAGAAUCAAACCGUCCCAAAAAUAAAAUUCAAGCCCUCAUUCAGGAAUGUAUUAGUGGAGUAUUGAAUAAAGAACCUCUGAAUAUACCUCUUGAAACCGACUUCAUUGCUCUGGGUCUCCAUUCCUUCCGCGCACCUGUGCUCUUGAAUGCACUUCGCGCCCGAUUUUCAAUACCAGAUCUUCCAUUCAGAAUAAUAUUUCAAUAUCCAUCCGUGAAAGCUUUGAGCGAGUACUUGGCAGACAAGAUAUCAUCAGACGGUAGCGGAGUCACUAUCCCAUUAGAAAAGGCCGCACGUCGCGAAGUCUCAUACGAUCAUGAUGCUUUGCGUCAAGUCUUAGAACUUCGCGGUUUGACGAUAGAGGAUGUAGAGGACGUCUAUGAACCACCUUUACACAGAAUACGCACAGACAUCGAUCUCUUAAUCAGCGCGCUCGAAACGGUCAUUUCGCGACAUACCGCCCUACGCUCCACUGUCUUUGCCGACCUUCAACAUCAAGUAGUUUUUCGUUAUCACCAGAAGCUUCGGGACGACAUGAUUCACGUCUACCCUGCUGAAGAUGCACAAUCUGUGGAGAACAUUGUCAAAGACGACUCACGAUAUGCUUUAACUAUCCCUGGUAACUUGAUCAAGUUUGACGUAUUCCGCACUGAGCCGCCAACUUUGCUCAUCCUUGCCCAACAUGCUGUCAUGGAUGCCUGGAGCAGAGAAUGCCUAUUCCAAGAUCUAGAUCGCAUUAUUUCAGGGAAGCAAAUUCCGGAACCCGUUCCUUUUCGACGCUACGUAGACUACGUGAUUGCCGAAGAAAACAGCCCAGACAGAAUUGCUUGGCAUGCAGAUCGACUUCGUACCGCAGAAAUCAUUGCUUUCCCUCAAUGCGACCAGUCAACAUUCAACAGCAGCUCCUACUUUGGGCCUCAUUUUUUGCGGGUGGAAGAAUUUCCUGGUAUAGAGAAAUUUAUUCAGAAGUAUAGCAUAAAAUUGUCGACGCUAUUCAAGGUUGCCUUUGCAAUGGUAAAGCGCAAUGAAUCGAAACACAACACUGUCAUCAUUCUACAGACGGAAGCAUGUCGAAGUCUGCCGAUCGAGGGUAUUACCCAGAUAUGUGGUCCAACCGCGAAUGUAGCUGCUGAUCGCAUCGACUUCCUCCAAACUGACACGGUGCUCAAGCUGCUUCACCGCGCGCAACAGAACCAAGACAAGAUAACCGAUUUCUCUGUGGUCAACUACAUCGCUGUAUUGGCUGACGUCGGAAUGGAUCUGGCCCUACUUGCUACAUCUGGCUACACUUUCUCUCAAAAUGGGACACCAACAUAUGAUGUUUUACAACCAGGGCCGACAGGUGCAGAGAACAACAUCGGCGUUGAAUGGACGACCCUUGUUGAUGGAGAACAAGUGAAAGUUAGAGUAGACCAUGACCCUAUCUUUUCUGAUCGUAUCCCGGGUUAUGUCAACCAAUUCCUCGCCGCUGCUCGUUGGCUCAUAGCCAAUGUCGAGGCCGAGAGUUUAGAUGGAUUGCAGCUAUGA